AAGGAAGUCUGCGGACUGUGUACGGUGUCAAUGAGAUUGAUUCACAAGAUGGAGGGGCUGGGCUUCCGUAUCGCCCCUUGAAAAGAGUACAGGAACUAAGUUCUACUUCAGGGAGAAAGCUUUUCUGAAGGAAAUGUGUUGCUUUUGAGUGAUUUAUCCUGUAGCUACAAGAUGUCAGAGGAGGUGGAGGAUGUUGUAAGAGUCCUUUAUGACUAUGGCUAUACAGAUGACAGUGGACAAGUGACAAUUAAAGCAGGAGACCUUUAUCGACUUGUCGAGAGAACGAACAAUGAGUGGUGGCAAGUGUAUGAUCCCUCGGAUGCUAAUGGGGAUUGCUUCUUUGUGCCAGCUCAAUACGUGGAAGUGGUCUCAGAGAGGAGUCCACUGAAAACUCUUUCUGAUUUGGACAAACUUUUGACUUUUGGAGAGUCUGCCAGGGAUUCACCUUUGACUGAUUAUGAUGAUGAUCGAGAACAGACAUAUGCCAAUCAAGUGAACAGGGAUAAUGAGUCUGAUUAUGUGAAUUCAUCUAGUUCCCAUGGGGAGGGUGAGACUGAUGGAGAAUACGUUAAUCUGGAGCAGUAUAGAAAUGUUGCCCGGAUUAACCCAAUUACUGUCAGUGCCUGUUCCGAUGACGUCCCUGGAACAUCUAAAAACUCUUCUCUUCCCUCGCCUACUGCUCAAGAACUAAUUCAAGGAACAAUUCCUCCCCCUCUUCCAGAGGAGGGUACUUUUGUUAGAGUUUUAGUUGAAGGUUUGCCAUGGGACAUCUACAAGGAGCAUUCUUUGCAGCGGCUUUAUUACGUGAAUCGAGAAACUGGGGAAAGAAUGUGGAAACCUCCACGCAAAGACAAACCCUCAAGUGGAGAACAGCCUAAGCCUGUUGUUCCUAUCACCCCACCAUCUUUGCCUACUGUGUCAGAGAAAAAAGGCACAGAAUGGUCCAUCCCCUCUGAGUAUGAACAAGUUCAUGAUAACGGCAACUUAUACUUCAUUCACAAGUCUACGCAGGAAAAGUGGAAGAGCCUGGUAGACCAGGUGGGCAGGCAGUAUUUUCACAAAAUGGGCUCCUCUGAUACGAGGUGGAAUCUCCCAGCCUCUGCGGAGAGCUCUGAGAACCCCUCAGACUCGGCCGCUCCUGACCUCACUACUAUCCAGAUUAGGCCUCGCUUGAGGCAAAAGGAUUCAAACUGGGAAUCACAAGGACACCGGCUCAGCACUUUUGGAGCCCAAUCCAUGAGGGCUGUGAAGGCCAUGUCCACUUAUGGUCAGCUAGAGUCUUCAUCGAGUAAAGCAUCCACUCUACCUGCCAAUUUCUCUGCGCCCAGGCCUGCUCCCAUUGCCAAUGACCGACUUCCUGUGGCAAGACCGGUGAACCUUGCACCUCCUAGCCCAUCGACAUUGCCGCAGGUCCCAGAAGGACAGCAGAGAUCCACUCUCCAAUUACUGACUAAUGAAAUAUUCAGUGGGUACUUAAAUAAAACAAAGAUAGCAGAACUUGGGAAAAAGAAGAGCAAGAAAAACUGGAGUCAGACCUUUGUAGUGCUGCAGGGUUCCAAUCUAGUGUUUUACAAAGAUCAGAAGUCGGCACCACAAAAACCAGGGUCCCCUCAUGGCAAGCCAGAGGGCGUCAUCAGUCUGCAGGGAGCUCAUGUUGACUUUAAUCCGUCAAAGGAUAUCACUAGCAAGAAAAAUACAAUACUACUCUAUGUGAGCUCAGGCAGCUCAUUCCUUUUUCAGUCAGACAAUGAAAAAACAAUUAGAGAGUGGUUCACUCGAAUGAAGAUUGUCGCAAACGAUGUAUCACCGGCAGCAGAAACUAGUCCAAAAGAAUUUGAUUUGAAAGAAGAUAGAAAAGGCAUGACGAGAAGUGUGUCAGCAGAUGAGAGCCCAUCUUUGCACUCUGUGGACAAGAACAAGAAUAUUGUCAGCAUACGAGCCAAGCUUCUCAAUUUCAUUUCUCGCAGACCAGCACAGGAAGAUCUGGUCAAAAGAGGCAUUAUCAAAGAUGCUGUGUUUGGGUCUCUCUUGCAUGAAUUGUGUGAUCGAGAAAAAGUUCCUGUGCCAAAAUUUGUACAUCAGUGUGUGGCAGCAGUGGAGUCUAGAGGCCUCACACAUGAUGGACUGUACCGUGUCAGUGGGAACUUAGCAGAAAUCCAGAGAUUGCGUUGUGCUGUAGACAAAGAUGACAGCUACAACCUGUAUGACCGCCAGUGGGAUGUGCAUGUGCUCACUGGUGCCCUCAAGCUCUUCUUCAGAGAACUCAAGGAGCCAGUCUUCCCUUUCCAUAUGUACAACAGGUUUUUCGAUGCCGUUCGAAAAGAGCCAAGAAAGGAAAAAAUGCAUGCUUUCAAGUCUGCUGUUUCUGACCUACCACGGUGUAACUACUUCACUCUUAAAGAGUUGUUUCAGCAUUUAUGCAAGGUGAUUGAAGUAAGCCAUGAGAAUCGCAUGCAGACCCAGAAUGUGGCCAUUGUGUUUGGGCCCACCUUGCUGUGGUACAACGAGGAUGCAGCCAGCCUGGCUGUGCAGACAGUGGUCCAGAGCAAGAUUGUGGAGUUUAUGCUCACAGAAUACUCAGAGCUCUUCAAGAGUUGAUAGAAAAUGGCUGCCACUGAUCUUUAGAGAUUAAUGUAAUGUAGAAGCACCGCAAUUUGGUCUUCAGGAUUGAAGUGGAAAUGCUGCAAUUGAACAUAUGUUUGACAAUAUAUAGUUGUACGUUGAUGAAAUGUAAGAACCACACUACUUUAGUAAACAGUAUUGUGAUUUCCAUUUUUUCUUCUUUCCUUCUCUUGUUUUGCGCCUUUUCCCUUUGCUUGAUUUCUUGCAAGUCUAAUGGUUUGUGAGCUGUGUGCUUUCUUAGACUUCCUUAGCUUUGUACAGUUUUUCAGGUUGAGCUUUUCUGAACUGUUCACACGCAUGCUGAACAGAAUAUUGUUGAAAAUUUUUUUUCCCCUAUAGCCUAUACUGUAAUACUUUUUUUCUUGAAAAACGUAUUUAUGAAAAGAAUAUUUUUUAAGCGUUUGUUUUGCAUAGGGUCUCAGGCAUUUACCUUUCUCUGGACACUUUGUUGAAAAUGAUAUCUAUUAUAACUUAUUCCCUUUCAUGUUAAAAUUUGAGUCUUUCACAGUUAUAUAUAUAUAUAUAUAUAUAUGAAUAUCGAUAUAUUAUGUAUAUAUGCAUGUUGCCAAAUUGAUUGAGCAAACAAAGUUGUGAUGUACUCAUAUAUUAUUCAUUCCCAUUAAAUUAGUUUGGUAAUAUGUUCACCAAGAUUCUCACGACUGAGGCAUAAUUUUUCAUUUUCUAUAGCUUUGCAAGCUUUUGUCUCGUAGAUAUGCCUUUAGCUUGUCUUAUUUUGUGCUUAAAAUGAAUUUGUUCUGUGGAACAAUUCUCUUUGUUCAUGCUAAAGGCUGCUUUUAUUUUUGUUAGUCCUUAUUGUGUACUUGCUGAAUGUGGUUACCAAGAGGUCCGGUUAGUUGGCGUCAAAGUUUCUGAUCAGUUGUCCUAUAUAUCAGAAUGGAGGACAGAUUGCUUGUCCUGGGUUCUGAAUCUUUUUGGACUAGUGAUUUUAUUACACUUGCUCCAGUAGUUGUGUAGAGUGUGGGACGACAUUCCGCCAUGGUAGAGCUAGGUUGUUGAGAAGGGAAUACUUGGUUCUGGCUAGUUGGCAUCGUGCAGACUUUUCAGCUCAUGUUGUUUGUAGACUCUGUCUGCUGAAAGUUAAUGGUCAAGUUUUGUUUGGUGUUCUGUAGGCAGAGGCUUCCUCCCCACACUUCUAUAUAUAUUAUAGUGAAUAGAUGGAGAGGAUGAAACCUGAUUUGAAAAAGAUUAUCCGUCCUGAGCUUUGGGCAAAGUUGUAGAUUCCUCGCUACACUGCUUCUUGCUCAACCGGUAACAUAAUGUGUCAGGACACGGAAUCAGGCUCUCGUCAGUUUUAGUGCAUGUGGAGUUAUUGGUGUAAUCUUAAAGCUUGCUCAUUUGUCUUGCUUAAAAAAAAAAAAAA